AUGGUUAUGUGUUCUAAGGGCUUUUUACCCGUUGCGCACCUAAGUCCUUGUGUUAGUAGUCAACCAGUUCAACUUCUCCUUUUAGAUAUUGAAUUAAAGCGCCUGCAGGCGAGCGGCGUACCAUCGCGCGGGCUUUCUUCCAAGGACUGGGCCGAGGUGGAAUCCACGCUGGAAAUGCUCCGAGAGAUGCGAGAUGAACUGGACCGCAGUCUCGCCUACCGGACGGAGCGCCGUAAUGCACUGAAUGCCGGCUAUCGGUAG